CAGUCCAGACCCGGGGCCAACAACUACUACACAAAUUUUCUUUAGUUCUUUGUGGCAUUAUUGUGUGUUGUUUAGUGUGCCAUUGACGCUGAAUGCUGACGGUUCGCGCUGCCGCCCACGCGCUGACGAAUAUAAUAUAAUAAUAAUAAUAAUAAUAAUAAUAGUAACAAAAGCAGAGCAUAACUAAUUGGGCAAACUAACAGCAAAGUGCCCGGCCCGGCUAUGUCGUUUCUGUCGCCAACGCUGCGCAUGGAGAAUCUGUCAACAGUGCCCAUCAUGAGUCUGGACCAUGUGCCUGAGGCAGAGCGCUACAACAAAGAGAACAUCGUUGCCCAAUGGUGUGCGCCCAUCAAUGGCAAGAUGUACCGCAUCGAACUGGAGCACGGCACCACAAGUGGACGCCGCAUGAUCUGGGUCAAUGGUCGGGAGGUGUUGCGUCGAGACUGGAUGUUUAAGUUGGUUGGCGAGGAUACGUUUGAAAUCGAUCAGGCGCGAUGCAUUAUUCGCGUUGAUCCCGCGCCCGGUUUCAAAUAUGAAUACUCGCUGUACAUAGAUGGCAAGCCGCACGCUCAGUACGCCGAGGAGCUGACACGGCUAUAUCGCCUCUGGCUCUGCACAUGCGGCACGGAGCAGGCUGGGACAACGGAUGCGUCCCAGGAGUAUCGCAUCAUGCUCAAGCUGGACACGCUCAGCUUGUAUGUAAACGAUGAGCUACGCGAGGAGAUGGCCGUUUUUGUGCACGGCGGCACGGAUACGAGCUUUGUGCUGCAGGACACACAAUUUGUAUUACAGGCACGCUCAAGCGGCAACAAACACGACGGCAUCGUGCACACCCUGCUCGUUAACGGCGUGCCUGUGCCGGAAGCAAAGAUACAGCAAAUCAUGCAGGAACCCGUCUCCAUACUACAAACAAACUAAAUCUAGCUAAGACAAAGGGCACCACAUUUGCAUCUUGUCAUUGAUUCCUUGUGUUUUCGUCAACUUAGAUACAUACUAAAUCGGUUUCAGUAGUAAAUAAUUGGAUUACUGUUGCCGUUGUCUAUAGAACUCAAUCCAGUGUUUAGGAAAGUGCCAUGCAUACCCAUUUAGAGAUAUGUUAAUUAUAUGGAACCAAAUUUUGAAACUUUAUUGCAGACUAUACAUAUGUUGGAACCGUUUGGAUUGGACCAAUAUAUCUAAUAGCUGUCUUGGGAGCGAUCGAUCAACAAUUAGGUUCUUUUAUGAACAGCUUUUUAUAAUAUACACUAUGUUCCUUAUAUCUGAGCAAAGUCCUAUCAAAAUUGGAUUGCUAUAGCAUAUAUUUCUAGUGCAAGAAUUGGUUAAUAAAUAAAUUGUUAUAAGACAA